CUAUGUCCAGGAGGAAAUCAGAAAACAAAAGCCCUCCGGGCUUGCUGCCGGCACCUCUUCACACGCAAAUAAAGAUGGAUAACUUCCACAAUUUCUAUGAAGUCGAGCCCAGAGAGCUGGGACGAGGAAAAUUUGCUGUGGUCAGAAAAUGUAUUGCAAAAUCUACUGGUCAGGAAUUUGCAGCAAAGUUUCUGAAGAAGAGGAGAAGAGGCCAGGACUGCAAAGCAGAAAUUCUUCAUGAAAUUUCUGUACUAGAACUAAUGAAGUCAAGCACUCGUGUAGUAAAUCUCCAUGAAGUCUAUGAAACGACAAAUGAAAUCAUCUUGGUGCUGGAAUAUGCUGCUGGAGGAGAAAUUUUUAACUUAUGUCUCCCUGACCUAGAAGAAACUAUAGAGGAAACUGAUAUUAUUAGGCUUAUACGGCAAAUUCUCGAAGGCGUUUGUCACCUGCACCAGAACAAUAUUGUGCACCUUGAUUUAAAGCCUCAGAAUAUUUUGUUAAGUAGUAUACGUCCACUUGGCGAUGUAAAAAUAGUUGAUUUUGGUAUUUCUCGGAAGAUUGGCAAUUGCGCUGAACUCUGUGAAAUUAUUGGAACCCCUGAAUAUCAAGCACCAGAAAUCUUAAGUUAUGAACCUAUUACUACGGCGACUGAUUUAUGGAAUGUAGGUGUAAUCGCAUACAUGCUGCUUACACACGAGUCUCCUUUUGUGGGAACCGAUAUUCAAGAAACGUACCUCAAUAUUUCUCAAGUGAAUGUGGAUUAUUCGGAAGAUACUUUUGCAUCAGUCUCGCUGUUGGCCAAAGACUUCAUUCAAAAGCUGCUUGUUAAAAAUCCUGAGGAGCGACUCACAGCUGAAGCCUGUCUAUCUCACUCCUGGCUGCAGCAAGGAAACUUCUUAUUGUACAGCCCUGAAGAAACCCCCAGUUCUCCAACACACGAUCAUAUGCACAAGUGCAUAGAGGAGAGAAAUAAUAACAGGCUGCUAUGUAACGCGUCGUGCAGCGGGCGAAAAGAUAAGGAGAAUAUCCCGGAAGACAGCAGUACAGUCUCCAAACGGUUUCGCUUCGACGAUUCUUUGCAGUACCCCCAAGAAUUCACGACGGACUUUGUAUGUUAA